AUGAAACUAGUUGUAUUGCUUGGGUUGUUAUUCACAACCCUGAUUAGCCGAUCUGAAGCAAAAGUAACUGUUGUAAUACAAAAUGCUAUACCUGGUGGAAGAAGUUAUAUGCAUUGUUUUUCCGGGGAUGAUGAUCUUGGGUAUCAUGACCUUGGAUCCAACCAAACUUUCACAUUUCGUUUCCAUGUAAACUUUUUUGGAACUACAAGAUUUUACUGCUACUUUAAAACAUUUUAUGGUUUUGGAGCGUAUGGCGUUUUCACAAACAGAAUGUACCACAAGUGUGGGGAUUAUUGUCUCUGGUCCGUAACCCCGAAAGGCCCAUGUUUACACUGUAUAGAGGGUGAUUUAUAUUGUCAACCAUGGAAGAAUGCUAAGGAUCAAGAGGCUGUAGUGACAGCAGAUUGGGCUGCAGGAAGUAGAUCAGGAAGUCUAGCAAGAGGCUAG